AUGCCGUUAGUCGAUUUACCAGUUACUGUGCAUAUGAAUAAUAAUGAAGAGUCUAAUGAAGAAGAAGAAGAAGCGCAAACAACUGCACCAACCAUCGAUUCAAAUCAUUGCCGUAACUCGAUAACGACAACACAACCAAAUCAUUCAGAAAAUGACCUUCAUUCUACUCAUAAUUGUCAAAAUGAAUAUGAAAAACAUUUAAAAGCAAAACUACGAUUUUUCUUUAUGAGUCCAUGUUGGAAAUGGAGAUUAAAACGACAAUUCCCUUGGAAAGCUUGUUUCCAAUUGAUAAAAAUAAUUGUUGUUACAACACAAUUAAUUUUAUUUGGAAUUGAACGAGAAAUGCAUGUGAUAUAUAUUUCUGAAAGCAAUAUUACAUUUCAUCACUUAUUUCUAAAAGAAUGGAGUUCGACAUUCGAAACGCUACCUUAUCCACAAACAGUAGGAGAUUAUGCCGUUUACACAGAUGACGAACUUAUAAAUGAGAUGAAUUAUGCUAUUAAUCGAUACAAUAAUAUGACUGAAAUAUCGCUUGGUUUAUUUGAUUUUCAUACGCAUAACGAUCUAGAUGCCAGUAAUCCUCAACGAACUGUGAAAAUAUGUUUAAAUCGUUUUGAUACUUGUACAAUGUUUCCAAGCAAUCAUACCUAUCAAUUAAAUCCUUUAAUUGAAAAUAAAUGUUAUACUUUUAAUUUAACUGAUUCACUGUCAAAUAAUAUCAGUAAUUUUGAUAUCCAUGAUUAUUUAACAAAGCAAAAUGAUUCGAUUAAUUAUUGUAGAGUAAAUUUUGUUACAAUUGAAUUUAUUAUUAAUGCAAUACAAUUAAAAAACCUUCAACCGUUUAGUCUACCAGAUUGUUAUCAUUUUCAAGUUAAGUUAACAUUUGAUAAUAGCGCUCGUACGGGAAAAAUUCGUGUUCGAUUAGAUUCUCAAGCUCAAUUUCGUGCUUGUGAUGGUAAAUUAUUGGAUCAGCACGAUUGGACUCUCAUGCGGCGAGACUUGUUAAUUGCAUCUCUCUAUCACGGAUAUCGACUAUGUAAGGAAACGAUGCAGUAUUAUAAUAAAAAAUAUUUUAACAAUCAAACAACCACAAAUACAGCGUCUAUCGUCACUACUAGACGAAAGAAAAAAGAGAAUCAUCAUAAUCAAUUACCAUUAAGUGAAUAUUAUCAAUUUUAUAGUCCAUGGUAUUUUCUUAUGAUCAUCACAGAUUUAAUGGUGUUUGCUGGAACAAUAAUUAAAAUUUAUAUUCUUUUAAAAUUAGUUGAUGAUUAUAAUGCAGCAGGUCUGUUAUUAGGUGUUAGUAGUCUAUUUUCUUGGUUUGGAGUAUUACGUUAUUUAUCUUUUUUCAAAAAAUAUAACCUAUUAUUUGCCACAAUAAAACGUGCUUUCCCGUUAUUAUUACGCUAUUUUCUAUGUAUAUUAAUUAUAUUUUGUGGUUUCAUGUUUUGUGGAUGGAUUGUCCUCGGGCCAUAUCAUUCGAAAUUUCGUACAAUUACUACAACAUGUGAAAAUAUGUUUUCACUAAUAGCUGGCGAUGAUAUGUAUACUACAUUUACAAAUCUUGAAACCGAAUCAAUUUAUAUUUGGUUGUUUUCUCGACUCUAUCUUUACACCUAUGUUAGUCUGUUUAUUUAUGUUGUAUCAAGUCUAGUCAUUGCACUUAUUAUCGAUGGUUAUGACACAGUAAAAACUUUUUAUAAAGAUGGUUUUCCAAAAACUAUAUUAGAACGUUUUUCGGAAGAAGAUUUACCAACGAGAGAACUCUGUAAUUCAACAACAGCCAUCGAUUCAACAGCAUUAUGUUUACCAUGUUGUUUUUCAUCUUUUACUCAAAUACAAUCUUCGUUUAAUGUUAACACUGAUUCUGAUCCGUCCUUAUGUACAAUUACAAGUCAAUAUAAACCAUUUCAUGAUGAAAAGAAUGAUAGUGAUGAUAAUAUGCUAGCACUGUAA